AUGGCUAUCAAAAGUGCUGGUGGAUCCAUUGUAUCUAAGAUAGCAGAAGUCUUGGUGGAACCAGCAAUCAAGCAGUUCCGUUAUAUGUUCUGUUUCAACAAUUUUGUUCAAGAAUUCAAUGAACAAAAGAUGAGCCUGGCUUUGGCACUUUAUCGUCUACAAGAUGCUGUCGACGUUGCUAAAAGGAAUACUGAAGAGAUUGAGAUUGAUGUCAACAAAUGGCUGGAAGAUGCAAAAAACGAAAUUGAAGGUGUGAAUCGUUUGGAAAAUGAAAAGGGAAAAAAUGGCAAAUACUUUACUUGGUGUCCAAAUUGGAUGCGACAAUUCAAGUUAAGCAAGGCACUGGAAAAGAAGACAGAGACUUUGCGAAAGCUUGAAGACAAUAGCAAAAAGUUUCCCAAAGUGUCCCACAAAGCACCUCUUCAAGACAUAGAAUUUCUUCCAUCAGAGGGACUCACACCCUCGGAAUCGUCAAAAGAAGCUUUCGAACAGAUUAUGAAAGCUCUCGAAGAUGACAACGUCAAUAUGAUUGGACUGUACGGCAUGGGAGGGGUGGGUAAAACCACCCUGAUGAAAGAAGUAUGCAGGAGUGCCAAAGAGUCGCAGCUGUUUGAUGAAGUUUUGAUGGCUACACUGUCCCAGAAUCCAAAUGUCAUAGACAUUCAGGAUCGAAUGGCAGAUAGUUUAGAUAGGGAUCCCAUUUGGUGA